CGAACUUGCUUGGCCUAACAAUUAUUUCUCUAUGCAACCUCAUCAGAGGCUAUUGUGAACAAUGGCAGACCCAUUGUACGAACUACUGGUACCUUACUUUGAUGCACCAUCCCCACGGCCCGCACCAUCGUCCAAGGAUCCAACUACGAGUGCUUACUUGAAUCGAUUGACCACCUUGCCCCUCUCUUCACUCUCUAGUACAGAACCACAAUCACUUUCGCAGAGCACACAUUCUCUCCUCCUCUCUCUCCAAGCACUCUCGAAACGCUCUCACAAAGCGAUCAUCGAUUCCUCCACCCACUUAUCGACUCUUUCCACCACUCUACCAGCCCUCGCUCAAUCCACCGCAUCUCUCCGAGACGCCCUCCCCAAGCUCGACGAUGCCGCAAUCCACUUCAGCGAAACCUACAAUACACGAUCAGAAAAUGCCCUUCUCGACCGACGGCGAAAAGCCUUACUUCUCUCCCGUAACAUCGAUCGACUAUCCGACAUCCUCGACCUACCCACUCUUCUCUCGUCCGCCAUCUCGAACUCAAACACAGCAUCUGCCUCUACGAACACAAGCAGCUCAACUGCUACCUUGAACUACGCUUCAGCACUGGACCUCAAUGCUCAUAUAAGGCGUCUCCAUGCAUUAUACCCAGACUCAGCGCUGAUCUCCAGCGUGGAAAAGCAGUCCGAGGAGGCUAUGCAGGACAUGGCUACAAAUCUGAUUGCAAGCUUGAAGACCAAUUCUCUCAAACUAGCCAGUGCCAUGCGGACCAUAUCCUGGUUACGAAGAGUAGCACCCGAAUUAGAUCCAUCUCCUUCAUCUAGCACUACAAGCACGAACAUGCAUCACGGAGGGCUAGGAGGAAGCAGAGAAGGCAGUCUCGGGUCACUAUUCUUAGUCUGCAGACUGGCCAAUCUACAACAGAUGCUAGGAGCUCUCGAACCCCUACGCGAACUCGCAGACCAAGAAACGUUACGGUUAUCAGACACAGUUGGAGGGAAAGAAAAGAGUAAAUGGGAAGGCGGGCAGCAGACCGAGCGGUAUCUGAAGCGAUACAUCGAGAUCUUUCGAGAGCAGAGUUUCGCGAUCAUUUCUAUGUACAGGAGUAUUUUCCCUCCAGCUACGAACCACGAAGAAGCUCUGUUGAAGGGUCUAGGGAGGGAAGAGAAGAAGACCGAGGAGGAUCCAUUGAUGCCAUUACCAAGUGCCUUGGGCAGUUUUCCCUUACAGUUGGUUGGCAUGCUGGAAGAUACUCUGCGGAAAUACCUCCCAAACGUGAGGGAUAGAAGCAGUAGAGACAGUCUCUUAACCCAAGUCCUGUACUGCGCCGGCAGUCUAGGACGACUCGGCGGAGAUUUCAGCAUGAUCCUCGCCUUCCUAAACGAAGGCGAUGAAGAGACUGAGGAUGAGUGGGUAGAGGUUAUCCGCAAACACAGAGUCUUGGCCGGAAGGUUGGAACUCAUGGUUGGUGCCAGGGAAGGCUAGUGGGUCUGAGCAAGAUAGAGAAGAUAUAUUUCUAGAAUAGAACGAGCAAGGAUUAACCACAUGGUCAAAUGCAGCAGUUCCCAGAGAU